AGAACAUUCUACAGCUAGGUUAUUAAAUAUUUGGGCAACGUCUUUGAAAGAUCCAUUACCUGAAUGUGAAACGUCAAGAAAAGUUAUCAGAAGAUGAUUUUCACAUCCUCGUGGAUCCUUCCGUUAUUCCUCUCUUUUGGAACAUCCUUAUUUAUCCUCUACAAAUACAGCACAAGAAAAUUUGAUUACUGGGCGAAACGUGGAGUUUAUUGUCCUACACCAAUUCCAAUUUUCGGCAACUUCAUUUCUGCCUGUUUCUUCCGAUACACGAUAGGCGAAUGGUUAAAAAGAAUAUAUGAUACCGUCAAUGCUCCAUACUUUGGUUUGUUCAUUUUUGACGAACCCAUUCUGAUAAUGAAGUCUCCGGAGCUAAUAAAAAAUAUCGCAAUAAGGGAUUUCGCUUAUUUCGUAGACAGAACAGUGGCCUGCCCAAUGCAUGAUAACAUACAGUCGAAUAUGCUUUUUUUUCAAAAGACGCCGGUGUGGAGAAGCGAUAGGGUGAAACUCACCCCAGUUUUCACAUCUGGAAAGCUCAAGGGUAUGUUUCCUAUCGUCAACAGUAUAGGAGAAGACUUGGUACGGUAUUUGAGUAAGCACAAAGAAGUACUGAACGCAAAAGAAGUUUGUUCUAAAUACUCCACUGAUGUCAGUGCCAAGUGCUUCUUUGGAAUAAACUCGCAUUGCUUUGAUAACGACGACGCUACGUUCCGGAAAAUAGGUUUCAGCAUUUUUCAUUUCAAUUUGAGAAACGCCUUCGUGCAAAUGGCGUAUUUUUUCAGGCCGCGAUGGGUGGAUCUUUUUCAUUUAGAUUUUAUCCCAACUACCACUCGCGAAUACUUUUCUGAAGCGGUCAAAAACACCAUAAAGGAAAGAGAAAAAAGCAAAAUAAGGAAAAAUGAUUUUGUCGAUAUUCUAAAGGACUUGGAAGAAUCGGAUGGGCACGUUUGUAGUACAGAUUCAGCAAGUGAAAAAAUUAUUGGGCAGGCUUUGCAAUUCUACGCAGCUGGAUUCGAAACUACCAGUUCCACCAUAGCCUUUACUUUGCACGAGUUGUGUCUAAAUCCCAGUAUUCAGAAUAAAUUAAGAAAUGAAGUAAGGACUAAUAUCAAGGAGAACAAAGGUAUAACAUAUGAAGGAAUUCAAGAUAUGAAAUAUCUGAGCAUGUGUAUCAAUGAAACCCUUCGUAAAUACCCAGUUCUACCCUUCUUGGACAGAACGUGUAAUGAAGACUACAAAGUACCUGAAACAGAUUUCGUUAUCGAGAAAGGAACACCUGUCUUCAUUCCUAUCUAUGGCCUGCAAAUGGAUGAGAAAUACUUUCCCAGUCCAGCAAAAUACGACCCUGAAAGAUUUUCAGACAGUAAAUUGAAUGAGAAUGGAUUGAUUUAUAUGCCAUUUGGCGAUGGACCAAGAAGUUGUAUAGGUGAACGAUUCGGCUUGAUGGCAUCGAAAUUGGCACUGCUUCAUAUACUCUUGAAUUUUGAAGUUGAAAAAUGUGACAAGACUCCAAAUCCAGUAGAAUUUGCGACAAAAUCUUUCGUGCUCCAGUCUAAAAUUGGUUUACCGAUGAUAUUCAAGAAAAUUGUUCCAAACCCAGCGUAGAGGAGUUGAUGAAUAAACCAUUUUCCAAAAUUGAAAACUAGAUGAAUAAUUAAAACCAUUAAUUAUAGUUUUUUGGGAUUUUAACGGUGCUUGUUACUUACACUUUUAUAGUAGAAUUGUUGUGACGGAAGUCAACUGUGAAACUAUAUAGAUCGGGUUUUUUA